CAGAGAGAUUGGAUCAUGAGUGCUCUACCCUCUGCUGAGAGAGACUGAAAAAAUAAUGAACUGCUGAUUGCUUUUUUUCCCCCCGGGAAAGGGAGCCGCCGGCAGUUGCCUCGAAACUGCUCAUCGGCUGAUCGGCCGGUGAGUGAGUGAUCUCCAUGAGGAUGCUGCAUUCAUUCCACGCAACCACCUGCACACUCCCUUUGCCUUUGCUUGCUGACAUACACCAGCUAGCAAGUACGAGGAGGAAGAGCUCUGCUGCUCUGUCCCCCGGCCAUGGCCGCCGCGCCGGAGGAGUUCCUCUUCGUCCACCCGGACCCGCCAUCCCCCUCCGUCUUCCUCGACCUGCCGCCCACGCCUCCCCACGACGACCCUGCCGCCUUCGACGACAUGGUGCUCCCCUACAUCGCCCGCCUCCUCAUGGACGAGGAGGCCGCCGGCGCGGACAGCUUCUACCAGUACCCCGACCACCCCGCGCUGCUCCAGGCGCAGCUUCCCUUCGCCCAGAUCCUCUCCGACUGCACCGCCUCGCCGUCCGUCUCCGCCGACACCGGGGCUGGUCGGGGCUGCUCUGACUCUGACCACUCGCCCACGGUCGCCUCUCCGGCCGCUGACCAUGCCACGGACAUGGUCACCUCCGCGUUCCUCAAGGGCAUGGAGGAGGCCACCAAGUUCCUCCCCACCAACGACGCCCUCCUCCUCCUCGACCACACCGGCGGCCAUGCCCGGGGCCGCAAGAACAACAGGCAUGCCGCCACCGGGUACGACGACGACGACCCGGAGCCGGAGGCGCGCAGGGCCACCAAGCUCGCCGCCACGGAGCCAGACGAAGCCGGUGCCCGCCAGAUGUUCGACGACAUGAUGCUCCGCGAGCGCGACAUCUGCAUGAAGGGCGUGCAGCAGCGCCUCACCGCCGGCGCCAACCACACGUCGGCGCCGCGGCGGCGGAGGCGCCGCGGCGACACCUCCACCGACGACGACGCGGUCGACCUGCACGCGCUGCUGCUCCGCUGCGCGCAGGCCGUGGCCGCGGACGACCGCCGCGUCGCGCACGACCUGCUGGCCCAGGUCCGCCGCCACUCCUCGCCCACCGGCGACGCCGCGCAGAGGCUGGCGCACUGCUUCGCCGAGGGCCUGGAGGCGCGCCUCGCCGGCACGGGCAGCCGCCUCUACCACUCGCUCAUGGUCAGGCCCACCUCUGCCGUCGACUUCCUCAAGGCCUACCAGCUCUUCAUGGCCGCCUGCUGCUGCAAGAAGGUGGCCUUCACCUUCUCCAACAAGACCAUCUUCGACGCCGCGGCGGGGCGCCGCCGCCUGCACAUCGUCGACUACGGCAUCAGCUACGGGUUCCAGUGGCCGGGCUUGCUGCGCGGGCUCGCCGCUCGGCAAGGCGGCCCGCCGGAGGUGAGGAUCACCGGCAUCGACCUGCCCCAGCCUGGCUUCCGCCCCGCGUACCAGAUCGAGGAGACGGGCCGCCGCCUCGCCGGCUGCGCUCGCGAGCUCGGCGUGCCGUUCAGGUUCCGCGGGAUCGCGGCGAAGAGGGAGACCAUCUCGCCGGAGGACCUGGACAUCGAUCCGGGCGAGGUGCUUGUCGUUAGCAGCCUCUGCCACUUCAGGCACCUGAUGGAUGAGAGCGUCGUCCUCGGGCGCCCGAGCCCCAGGGACGAGGUCCUCGGCAACAUCCGGAGGAUGCGGCCGGACGUGUUCAUCCAUGGCGUCGUCAAUGGCGGCUACGGCACCACCUACUUCCCGACGCGGUUCCGGGAGCUGCUCUUCUACUGGUCGGCGCAGUUCGACCUGCUGGAGGCGACGGUGCCCCGGGAGAGCCCGGAGCGGCUGCUGGUCGAGAGGGACAUCUUUGGCCGGAGCGCCGUGAAUGUGAUCGCGUGCGAGGGCGCCGACAGGGUGGAGCGGCCGGAGACGUACAGGCAGUGGCAGGCGCGGAACCAGAGGGCGGGGCUGAGGCAGCUCCCGCUCGAGCCGCAGGCUGUGAAGGUGGUGCUGGACAAGGUCAGGGACAACUACCACAAGGACUUCGUUGUCGACGAGGAUCAGUCAUGGCUGCUGCACAGGUGGAAGGGCCGUGUGCUCUAUGGAUUAUCCACAUGGGUUGCAGACGAUGCAGAUGAUGCUACCUCCUCCAGAUAGAGUUCAGUUUAGCUCCUUUUUUCUCUGCUGCUGAUAGAUUUGGUGUGCCUAUGAUAGAAGCUACCAACGCUGUAAGAUCUUUUGUCAUGUAACCAUGGCUGAGGAGUGGCUUUUCAUAGGUGAAAAGGUAAAUGACAUUUCUGAGAUUCAGAGAAGGUAUUAAAUUCGAAACUAAACUGAAUAUAAA